AUGUGUGACAAAACGGUACUUCGAUCUCUGGUGUGGGCUGUGGUGGUUGCAUGUGCAGUCGCAAGGCCAGAGCCUCCAACGUCGUAUGGUGCUCCAGGCCCAUCUUAUAGUGCGCCUUCGUCAUCAUACGGGGCGCCAGCCCCGGUUUAUGGUCCUCCUCAACAACCUACAGUCCACAAACACGUAUACGUACACGUCCCACCUCCUGACAAUGAGCUGCCGCCACCACGCAAACAAAUCUAUGUACCUCCUCCUCAAAAACACUACAAGAUAGUGUUCAUCAAGGCCCCGACGCCGCCAACCCCUACCGCCCCCAUUAUCCCAGUACAGCCUCAGAAUGAGGAGAAGACUCUUGUCUACGUGUUGGUGAAGAAACCUGAAGAGCAGCCUGACAUUGUAAUCCCGACACCUGCGCCUACACAGCCAGCCAAGCCUGAAGUCUACUUCAUCAGAUACAAGACACAGAAACAAGAGGGUUACCCGGCCGCAGCACCUAAACCUGAAUACGGACCACCCGUAUCGGCGCCAUCCUCAGAAUAUGGUGCUCCUUAA